AUGGAGAGUCCGACUUGUCUGCUGCUGCUGCUGCUUUGUGACACGACGGACGGCACUACGAUGUGGCUGUCUUACUCGCCAGAACCCUCAGCCAUCAAUAAAAAGCAGAUACAAGAAGGUCAGGAGACUAACUCUUGCCCUCUAUCCGUGUUAUCGGGCUCUGGGAGCCGUCGGAGUAUGGACCGGGACGAUCAGAUCAUACAAUUCCGGGCUCUGGAAAGUAGGGGCAGGCAUUCGGAACGGCUCAGCCGGCAGGAGGCUCGUGUGAGACUGGAUUUGGAUAGGCAGCCAAACCUUAGUCGAUCCGAUUGA